AUGACAGACCUAUGGUUGGUCUCUGUCCCUCUGGACAAGACCAGUUUAACCAGUGUGGAGAAACUCAAGCGCAUCCUCGCCAAAACCAACUUGGCCACCUGCUUCAAGUUUCCCAUUCCAGAUCUCAAGGUGGGAAUACUGGACAGUCUGUUCAGCGUGUCAGAUGAUCUCUCCAAGCUCGACACACUGACUGAAAGCGUGAUAAAAAAAACCCAUCAGUGUAUGAGGGAGGUGAUGGAGCAAUCCGCUGACGAGGGGCAGGACAACGCCUUAGCCAAUGGAGUGGACCUGAUGAGCUACUCAACCAAGUUUCAGUGGGACAAAGCCAAGUAUCCCACAGCUCUGCCUCUGUCCAGCCUGGCAGACAUCAUCAACAAGGAGGUGUCCCAGAUGGAGGCGGAGUUAAAAUCUCGAGCCGCAGCCUACAACAGUGUUAAAAUGAGUCUGGAGCACACACUGCAGUGAGUGAUUGGGAGUUUUCAAACCCGCAGUCUGAAUGACAUCGUGAGGAGCAAAGACCUGGUGGUCUCAGAGUACCUCACCACUCUACUGGUCCUGGUGAGCAGAGGGAGAUACCUGCAGUGGGAGAGGACCUAUGAGUCUUUGUCGGAGUUUGUGGUUCCACGGUCCAGCAGGAAGCUGUACGAGGACGGAGAGGGAGGCGUUUUCUCCGUCACACUGUUCAAGAGAGCUGUGUGUGAAUUCAAAGCCAAAGCCCGGGAGAGCAAGUUCACCGUGAGCGAGUACAGCUUCGAGCUGGAGGCGCAGAAGGAGCAGGAGAUGAGGCGGCGCAGUGUUCACAAGAAGGAGCAAUACGGAAUCUUUGUGCGUUGGCUAAAGGUGAAUUUCAGCGGGGUGUUUGUCGCCUGGAUUCACUUGAAAGCAUUGAGGGUGUUUGUGGAAUCGAUCCUCAGGUAUGGCAUCCCGGUGAGCUAUCAGGCUCUAGUGCUGCGCACGGACCAGAAGCGCUCCAAGAAGCUGAAGCAAGAGCUCGCUUCCCUGUUCGUCCACCUGGACCCAAUAGCCAGCGCCAGCAAGACACAUGCAAGCUGUGACCUCCCAGAAAUCUGUCAGCAUGAGUACUUGUCCUACAUCUGCUACCAUAUCAACACCAAUCUGCUGGAGAUCAGCUAGCAGUCCGCAAAGAGAGAACAUAAUGACCAAGGAAGGAGGGCUCUGUGGACCAGAGCCAGCAACAGACAGCAAUAAAACACACGCAGGGAUCCUUCAAUAUCUUGGUUUUCAACACGUCUCAUAAGCCAGGAACACCUGUGGAGCUGCUCUUGGACAGCAGUGUACAUCAUCUUGUGGAUGGAUUCGGGUCCUCUUCACUACAUGAUCAGCUGCACGUGGCCCGUGAAACCAUUUAAACAUGCAAGAACAUGCACUGUAAAUAAAGGAAAGCGCAUCGUGACUUUCUUUUCACUCAUAUUUAAUCAGAAUGUUUUCAAAUGUAAUGCUAUGAAUGGUGGAAGCAGAACUCAGGACAUUUACUAAAGUAAAAGUACCAACAUCUCAAUGUAAAAUAC